UCCUACUGUUUGAUAAGCAGUCAAUUUGUAGAUUACAGACAUUGAUGUUCUGCGUUGAACGAAAGCAUAAACAAAUGAGCGCGGAAAUAAAACUGUUUUACAAAUGCACGACCCCGCUCUCGUCCUUUUGUAGCGUUAGCAAAAUCCGUCGCAAUUUUAUAGAAAAAAUAAAAAAAUAUAUAGAAUUAAGUUCCCAUAUCAAUCCUCUGACUGACUGUUAUGAAACUUAUGAAUUACUAGUUAUUAUUCCGAGGAACGACUCUAGUUAUUUUUUGAGCUGUCAGGAAAUUUCCUAAAAAAAAUAAAACUUGUACUUGUAGAUAUUUACUCGCGUAUAAAUUUUAUUCCGGUAUAGUUAUUCUCGUGUAAGAUGAUGUUUGGACGAAUUCGCCCUUAGGAGUUUGACUAUAAUAAUAAAUACUUAAAUAUAACAAAACAUUGGUAAAUAUUUUCUUCUUAGUUUUGUGUUUAAAAUUACACGAUGGGUAAAACCAUACAUAGUAAAGAAAGGGCCCUAAUACUCAAGGUGUUGGCUUUUUUUGAACAUGAGAAGAAAGUCAGCAAAUUCCUGAUUCCUGUUGACCCUACCAAAAGUGCUAAUAAAAUACGUGAGCAUAAAAAAGUGAAUGAUUCAUUUAUAAUUCCGGUCGAUCAACCGAUAAAUAGAACCUGCGCUGCUACCGGUAUAUCAAAAAGUACGUUAAUGAGAAUUAAAAAGCAAGUGAGACCAGUGGCACGAUCAAUUUCACCGGUGCCAAGUACUUCCUGGCUCUCCCAACUACCCGGACCAUCAACUGAACCGUCGACACCAGGAAAGAAGAGAAAAUCAACCAAAAAAAUAAAUCUUGACGGUUUUGACUUAGUCGCUCUGAGAAACUUAGUGAACAGUUUUUACACCGUCAAAAAAGAAAUUCCUACGCUGAAGAAAAUAUUAGCCGCCGCAAAAAAGGAUUUGAAUUUUCAAGGGGAGAGGACUACUUUGCGGUAUAUCUUAAAAAAUCAGCUGGGAUAUAAAUUUAAAAAAUGCAAGAAUGCUCGAUUAGUUUUAAUACAAAAGCCUGAUAUCACUGCCUGGAGGGCUCGCUAUCUGCGGCGAAUGAGGGAAAAUAACAAACUUGGACCAAACAAAAAACCGGUGACUUACUUAGAUGAGACCUGGAUUCAUUCCCAUUAUACUGUUAAAAAAUGCUUGCAAAAUAGUAGCGAUGCUACUUUAAUGAAAAAUACAAAUGCCGGCCAAUGUUGGAUUCUCGUCCAUGCAGGUGGCGAAUAUGGUUUUGUCCCUGGGGCCGAGUUGUUAUAUAAAUGCAAAAACAAGACAGGCGAUUACCAAAACGAAAUGGACACAAAUUUUUUUGUUAAGUGGCUCAGCGAAAAAUUGUUGCCAAACUUACCUCCAAACGGCUUAGUUGUAAUUGAUAACGCGCCAUACCAUUCUACACAAUCCGAAAAAAUACCUUGCCAGUCAUCACUCAAGAGUGAGAUGCAAAGCUGGCUGACCAAAAAUAAUAUAAGUUUUGAUCAAAAGAUGACUAAGCCAGAGUUGUACCACAUCAUUAGGUUAAAUAAACCUGAAAAAAAAUAUGUAGUAGAUGAUCUUUUGAGGGAGCAUGGUCACGAAGUUGUACGUCUGCCACCCUACCACUGUGAUCUAAACCCAAUUGAAUACAUCUGGAAUUUGAUAAAGCAAAGGUUGGCAGACAAAAAUAUAGAUCAGUCUGAAAAACUUUUUGAACAGUGGACAAGAGAGGCAAUUAAGUCAAUCACAGUUGAAGACUGGAAAAAAGAAGUUGACCAUAUCCAAAGACUGGAAGAAGAAUACUGGGUGAAAGAUCGACUACAAGAACACCAAGAAAGGCAGUUUAUUAAACAUCUUGGGGGAGAAGAGAGUUCUUCAGAUAGUGAAAGCGAGGAAGAGGAAUAUGAAAGUGACAUGUCUGUUAAGAUCGAAGAAUUAUCAGACGAUUAACAAUAAAUAUUAUUUAUCGCAUACUUUUUUGUUACUACUUUAACAAGUAGGUAUCAACUUGCAGACAGCAAAGAGGAAGAAAAGAAAUAUUUUUGGUAAUAUCAAUAUUGUGUUUUUUGCACUCAGUACUAAAGACAAAUGUCAUUUAAGCCAGGUGUCUAGUUAUUUCGCCCGCCUUGUAGCAUAGAGAAUAAAUAAAUAAUUGACAGGUAGGUACCUAGUAUGCAAGUAGCUACUAAGAGCAGUUACCUACGGGUUCCAAUACUACUCUUACAAAAUGCCUGGUAGUGCCUCUAUCCUAUCUUACCAUACUUAACUAACUACCUUAUAUUUUCCAUUACCUACAACCUCAACCUCAGAUACAACGGCGAGCGUCUCAACAACUCCCUCAAGCGUGU